AUGAUGGCGGUGCGUGAACGCGCAGUUAAAGUAAUGGCUGCUCUGGAACGGCGGGUGCCUUGUCUCGAUGAUUUCGUGGGUCAAAGCUGGAGCGUUUGGGCCGAAAGGAAUAACUUAUCGACGUCGGACGGACCUGAUGGGGACGACUGCAGCAAGAAUGGUAAAAAAGCGACGGAAACCAUGACCUUGAGAAAGGAAGAUAUGUCAAUUUUUGGUCACUAUCCCGGCCAUGAUGACUUCUACCUGGUGGUGUGCAGCCACUGCGGUCAGGUGGUGAAGCCGCAAGCCUUCGAGAAUCACUGUGAGAGGAGGCACGGCUCGGUCGGGAAACUCUAUGCACAUUUGCGCACCACGCCGUCGGCCGGCACGCAGCGGCCGCAUGCCCGCCAUGGACACACGGCGCCCGCUGGCAGCCAUGGGAAUGCCAGCUGGAGCGGGAAGAGCCAGAUGGGAGGAGGAGGAGCAGUGCGCCCAGCGCCGCAGUCACCCUCCACUCCACCCCAGUUUAAACACAGCAAGACGCACAAGGAUGGAGUUCGCCUCUCUCCCAUGGAAAAGUCCUCUACGUCGGGUCAUUCAGAGUCCACAGUGUUCAAACAGCCUCCGCCGAUGGAGCCUCCUCGUGGCUCUCCUCCCACAAGUCUCAGAGACCCACCGUGGCCCUACGGAGGCCCCUCGCCGAAUCGACCCUCGCCCACCUCGUCGGAGAAGUCCCCGGGUCCGAGAGUGGAAUCCAGCUCGGCCAACAGUUUACCCUCGCACGCCCGGGGAAGCCGGCCGUACAAGUCAUCAAAGAAAGAGUGUGAUCUGGAUAAACACUGUGGCGUGAUGGAUCCAGAGAGGAAGAAAGUUUGUACACGACUCUUAACUUGCAAUAUCCACUCCAUUCACCAGCGGCGGAAAGUGGUGGGUCGGAGUAAGAACUUUGACCAGCUGGUGGCGGAGUUGAAGAUGGGUUCGAAGAACCGCGAGCGUGGAAGUCAGAACAGCGAGGGUCCAGCUGCUCAGUCUCUGAGCCCUGAGGUUCCCAGAGAGCUGAGACCUGAACCGCUCUGCAGAAAACCCCUGACCAACUCUCCUGCGUUCAGGACGCCAAAGGUAUCCGAGUGCACCCCUGAGGAGGAGAGAACAGUUCGGGAGGAGAGUUCCACCAGGCCUUCGUCGCCCCUCACUCAGUGCCGAAUCUCCAGUGACGAGAGCGAGGAGGAGGGCGCAGAGGAACCCGCCGAAUAUCACUCCAGCCCCUGGCAUCCCAAACCAAUAGCGGUCUGUACGUUUGGCAGUUUUGCUCUGGGUCACGGCGUCUUUACGUUCGACAGACGGCUACAUCACCUACGGUCUGCUGUGAGUGCCAUGGUGGAAAACCAUCUCAGCGCCCACCUGUGGAGGAAAAUACCUCAAGCGUCAGAGUCUCCAUCCCAAAAUUGCCCAGCCAAAACUUCAGCCAAUUCCGCCUCAUCAGUACUUUUUUUCCAUCAUUCCAAGCAGCGGACAGGAAAUCUCAAUUCCUCCUACCACAAGACAUCAGCCAGGGAUGGUUCAUCCUCCACGCACGGUUCCUCCAACAACAGCAGCGGCAGCAGGUCCUCGGGUCAGUCAGACAAAUCUGGAGGGUCCCAGUCCGCAGCCCACUCCAAACCCUCUCUGUCGGCCAUGCAGCCGGGCCCGGGCAGGCCUAAAAACCCAGUUGGCAGACCCAGCAAGCAGCAGCAGCAGCGUCUCAGGGAACCAGAGCGGGCUGAAACGGCAGCUCCAUGUAAGCGGAAAGCCGAUGUCGUUAGCCCGGAAAGGAACUCUGUGAGUCCCGAUCGGGACCGGGCGCGUCCCCCUGGGUCCGGUAAAAUAGCCUCGGCUCAGAUUUCUACCCCAACCACGCCAUCAUCUCACGGACAGACAAACGGUUCUCUCUCUCCGGGUCAUAAGCAGAGCCGGACCGAGCCGUGGCCAUUUAAACGGACUCACGCGGUGGGCCAAACCUUGCCCUCGGAGCCAAGCUCAUCCGGGCGAGCUGGAAACUCAGGACAUCAUGGCAGCAGGCCUCCAGGUCACGAGCACAAAGGAGGCCUGAACAAGAAACGCAAGAGCAGCGACUCGUCUCCGCCCACGAAAGCUCACCGGCUGCCCACCUCGCCUCACUCUGGCUUCUACCCCUGGAAAGAGAGUAAAGGGGCACCACUGCCUGUAGGAGGGGAGAAGAAGCUCAGUGUGCCCAAGCCAAAACUUCAUCACUGAGCAAGCCACUAAGCAGGGGUCCCUGCAGACUGUAUGGACUGUGGACCAGAGUCUCCAGACGUGUGUGUGUGUGUGUGUGUGAGUUUGGCUGGUAUUGACCGGCUGUGUAUGUGAGUCUGGAUGUGUUAGACCAGUAUGAAUUAGUAUGGUCUUUUUUUUUUUUUAAAAAGCCAAUAUAUGAAUGUGUGUGAGAGUGAAUGACAGGAGAUGGGGGGGGGGGAGUGAAUUUGUCAGAGAAUUCAGAAAUACCUCACAAUCUACUGGACAUGCUGCUAUAUAAAUGUUGAUUUAUAAAAUGGAUUAAAAUAUUCUUUAUACUUGA